UAAAUCUAAUAUAUUGUCUUCUUGUAAAAUUAUCAACAUUAAAAGUGUUAAGAUUAUAUUUUCUUUUAAGGAGUAUAUAUUAUUACUUAAUAUAUUAUUAAGUGUGGCUAUUUGUGUGAGAUUUUAUGGACCAGUUUUCUGUAAGCUUGAUGCAUCUUUGUAAACCACCUAUUUAUGUCUGUGCGCCCAUUAAAAAAAUGUUUAAAGUAUAAAUAUGUACAAGUGAUGGUACUGGCCUGUUUUGAUGCGCCACGAGUCAACUUUUCUGGUCUCGAGCUCCUGUAUCUGUCUUGUACGUGGUCCAUCAUCAGUGAACAGUGGCAGCAGGGCUGGUAACUCAUUCAUACGGAGGACGGUAGCCGGGGUCCAGGUUGAAUUACACUGUAACAUUUUGCAGGACCCAUCAGUCAAUACACUUUAACCCUGUUGUUUCAAAGUUGAAAAAAAUGUAAACGGCAAUGUCAUUCACACAAACUGCAUUUUCUGUUAUAAAGAGAUUAACCUGACACUUCCACACUGUAGGGGCUUUUAACAAAGUUGAAUUUCCAAUAUGGUAGGAGAGGUUGUUGUUGUUGAGAGGAUUGUUGUCAUGUCCUCGCAGUGCCUGUAGUGGUGCUGUGAGGAGUCUGCUGUGGAUCCAACAAAAAUCCUCAGCAGCCUGCCUACUGCUUGUAAUUUGCUCUGGAUAGCUUAUAUUUAAAUGCAUCCUUAUUUCAAGAUAUACCGAGCUCGAUGAAGAUCACUGUUAUUAUCCUGUCUCGAAUAUCGAUGCACAAAUAGCCUAGCUGAUUCUAAGACAUUUCGGCCGUCUAUCUGGAGCGAAUACCUCACACAGCCCAUGCCAAUUCAAGCUGAUGUUGUCAAGAACAAGAGUCACGUGAUGUAUGAAGGCAAACACAUACACUUCUCAGAGGUGGACAAUAAGCCGUUGUGCUCGUACAGCCCCAAGCUCUGCAAGCAGCGCAGACUAAAUGGCUAUGCUUUCUGUAUCCGGCACGUUCUGGAGGAUAAGACAGCCCCCUUCAAGCAAUGUGAAUAUGUGGCCAAGUACAACAGCCAGCGAUGUACCAACCCCAUCCCCAAGUCAGAGGACCGCAGAUACUGUAACAGCCACCUGCAGGUUCUGGGCUUUAUCCCCAAGAAGGAACGAAAAAAGAAACAUGAUGCUUUGGAGGAAAUGCGCUCACGGGCUCACCUGGAGUCAGUGGCUCUCAACAUAACUGUGCCCUCUCUGGCUCUGAAAACUCCCAAUGGUCUAGAUGAACUUCCGCCAUCUCCUCCCUGUACACGCUUGUUACCCCUGCCUGAUGGGGAACUCUUGGACCCUUUUGCCUUUUAUGAGGAUGACACAGAUGGGGAGGAGGUGGGUACUAAUUGGAAGGGCAGCGCCAUCAAGAAGAAAUUACAGAGUCGGCUGGUGCUCAACCAGAAACUUUGCCAUGACACAGACCUCUUCCAGCCACCUCCUGAGCACUUUAGUCCCUCUCCUGCCCCCCGUGUCCUCCCCUCUUCGCCGCUCAACACUCAUCUCCCACGGCAGCAGUCAGGUCUUCUCCAGCCUCCCCAGCACUCCAGCGUGACUUCCUUCAUCUUUCCAGGACAGCAGCAGGGUUUAUUAUGCAAUCCACCACCACCUCCUCAGACGGUCAACUUUCUGCCUCCAGGGAUGCCCGCUAAUGCAGCACCCAGUCCAGUGCAACCUUCUGGGCCAUCACUCAGCAGGAAAAUGCCUUUCACUGCUACUCACUUGCCUGUCAGUUGCAAGGACAGUGGCAGUAACAAUCAGCGGCACAUGGUUGUCAUGCAUCCCGCUGCCUUCUCACCUUCUGCCAGCUGCAUGGCCAGGUUGCAACAUCUGGUGCAGCUCUGUGCCAAGACACACGAGGAGCAUGGAGACCUCUUUCCUCAUCUAGGACUGGACUGGUCAGAAGACAGUGCUGACGAUGAUGAUGAUGAGGAAGAGGCAGAGACAUUUGUUCCUUUCCAGAACUCUUGGAGACCACAGAAUGGGUCGGUAUCUCAAUACUUAAACCCACAGUAUAAACAUGACCUGACACGUCUCGUCAUGAUUGCAAUUAAUUGUUUUCUAAAUAGGUUGGAAGAUGACCGCGGUUCCUCGCGGAGAACGCGGCUACUUAGGCUUUGCUCCUAUCUCCAGGAGAAAUACAAGCACAUGUGCAGGCAGGAGAGGGCGAGUAUCCGCCAAAAGAGAUACCGCUAUGCCUUCCGCAAAGCCUUGCUGCACGCUGCCAGUAACAACCCCAACUGUGCUGGGCAGCUGAUCCAGGAGUUGCGUGGUGCCUCUCGAAGCUCUUCAAGUAUGGCUCCAGCAGGGCAGCAGAACACAGAUUCGGGGACCUGCAGUGGCAGCACAAAGGGCCAGGCCUGCAACAACAGGGCUCUGCCCUUCACUCGACACUGCUUUCAGCACAUCCUGUUGAAUCGUUCCCAGCAGCUCUUUGCCAGUUGCACAGCCAGAUUUGCAGAUGGUCAGCAGUGCUCCAUCCCUGUGUUCGAUAUCACGCACCAGACUCCACUCUGUGAAGAGCAUGCCAAAAAAAUGGAUAACUUUCUACGAGGGGAUGGUAACCGGCGAGUGCAGCACCAGCAACAGCGAAAGCCACGUAAAAAGACCAAACCCCCGGCUCUCACCAAAAAACACAAGAAGAAGAGGAGGAGAGGGCCGCGGAGGCCUCAGAAACCCAUCCCUCCAGCGUUGCCACAGGGGAACCUGGGAAUGCCUUCUACAAGCUUAGCAAUGCCCUCACAGGCCAGCAUCAGGAGCCCUUCCACUCCAGACCUGAGUACAGAGGAGCUUCCUGACGAUAUCACCAAUGAAAUGGCAGACAUUCCAAAUGACCUCGAGCUAAACCAGGAGGAUUUCUCUGAUGUGCUACCCAGACUACCUGAUGACCUGCAGGAUUUUGACUUGUUUGAAGGUAAAAAUGGGGAAUUAUUGCCCACCACGGAGGAGGCUGAGGAGCUGGUGCGAGCACUGCAGGCUAUGGGGUCUUACCCAGAUUCUUUGGUGUGCCUGACCUCAAUGGGAGACCUGGCCCCAUCUGAAGGAGUGGACCACCGAGCCAUGACUGUGUUCCCUGGGCCAGUCCAGCCGGGGGGCAUGGGGGACCUGCUUAACAGCCGCAUACCUACAGAAAACUUCACUAGCCUUGAGCUGGAGGACAACCUACUGCAGUCCACUGCGGGUCACUUCCCCCCCUCACCGCCAUCUCAGCCCACUAACCAGCCCCAGACAUCAUGUUCCAACCUGCCCUCAUCUUCUUCUACCGUAGCCCACUCUACCACCUCCCUGCUCACUCAGACAUCCAUAACAGAGCGAACGUUUUCCCGGGCACACACAUCCCACGUCAUGGCCAAGUCGAAUGUGCCCACAUCAUCGCCCCAAGGCAGCCACUACAGCAGUGAGCACGUGCCAUCACCAUACAGUGACCACAUGUCUUCUCCCCAUGCCAGCUCCUUCCAGACAGACACCCCUCUACUGCUGGAAGUCCCUCUCAGUGGGGUACCAGGACCUCCGCGCUCAUCAUGGAACAAUCUCCCUCUCCCCCUUACAGACCCCACACAGUUUGGCAAUCUCAUAGGAUCAGAAAGUCAUCUCAUAUCCACCUCCCUGUCCACGCCCCCGACCACCACCCACUCUGUGACAAUGCAGCCCAUGGCUGCGCUCUCAGCAAUGCCCCAGAGUGGCAUGACAGGUUUGACGACAUCCCCUUCGCCCUCAUCCUCCCUCCCAUCCUCUUCACACAAUCUUUUAACCUGCACACAGCCCAAGCAGCAGCUCCCACAGUUCAGCGCGGCCUUUGGCCAUCAAUUGGCCUCCCACAGUGGCAUCCCGAAAGACGUGCAGCCCAGCCACAGCUCCACAGCACCUCCCGCUGGCUUUUCCAUAGUUAGUGCCACUGCUGCAGGUGCCAACAGCGCCACACCACCGUUCACGCAAAGUAAAUGAGAGCAGUCGGCCUGCAGCGGCUAUAUGACGGUCUGUGGACUCACGGUCACUUACAGUUUAGUUGACUGGCUCCUGAUUGACCAUCCCUCUUCAUCUGCUACAUGUGUGCAAUGUGGUAAUAGUGCACUAUUUGAUAAUGAAUUUGCACAACCUCAGAUUUUCCUCCAUCUUUUCUAUUUUCGUUCUUUUAUUCUGUAGCCAGGCGGUCAAUGGAAUUUUAAGUCAGUGUGAGUCCACUUGUUUGAUGCCUUGUGGUUUCGUCAGCAAGGAUUAACUGGCAGCAUUUGUGAUGAAAUAAACGGGUGAAAAUUGGCAGAAGGACCUUAGCAGAGAUUCUGUCCCAGUGCUCAGAAUUCGUUGACGUAGAAGCCUCAAUCAGUGGUCGGUUUGUUUGCUUUGCCAGUUGACGUUUCAAAUUACUUGCCCUUGCA